AUGGGCUUUUGUCUGUGCAGGCAGGGCAACUAUGCAGCUGCAAAUUCCUUCCUUGAUUCCUUUGCCACGCAUCGACAAGCGAAAGGUUUGCCUGCCUUGAGCUUGCAGUGGGGCCCUUGGGCUGAGAUUGGCAUGGCCGCUCGGAGCGGUGUGGGUGGUCCUGGUUUCUGGGCGCCGAAGAUUUGCCCUGCAGAUGCCUUGCAGGCUCUGGGAUCCGUUCUGGCGGCUUCCUCCAAAACCAGUGAAGUUCCCAGAUGGAGAGUGGGAUUCGUCAGUUCUGGUAUCAUCGAAAGGAUGCCAUCCAUGCCGCCCAGUUGGUCGAACUUCAAGAGCCAUUGGGAAGCUCCAGGCCUGGCUCAGUUCGUUCCAGCCCGGGCCAGGUUUGAAGAUACUGAAGCUGAAAGAAAUUCCGAUGUUCUUUGUUUAUACCAUGUUUAUACAUGUUUAUACCAUGUUUGUACCCUCAAGACCUGA